AUGGUUUUCUUUUCCCUUUCCUUUACUUCUUAUCAGUUUUACUCAUCUCUCAUUUUUCCUUCAUCUCUUUUUCAUCUUCAUAUUUUGUUUCUUUUCUUUUCUUCCUUCACUGAUAAUAAAUUUUUUCUCCAUAUUCUUUCUAUUACUUCUUAUCUGUUCUACUUCGCUCACUUUUUCCCCUUAUCUCUUUUUCAUAUUCACAUUUCUUUUCCUCUUCCUUUGAUAAUAAUUCCUUUUUUGUUACUCCAUAUUCUUUUCAUAUCUUCUCUUCUCUUUCUAUUAUGUAAUCCAUUUUACUUCUCUUUUUUUUUUAUGUACCUUCACCUUUUUUCAUAUUCACAUUCUCUUUUUUCUUUCUCUCCAUAUUCUUUCAUGAUUUUCUCUUUCUUUUACUUCUUAUCUGUCUUUACUUAUCUCAUUUUUCCUUCCUCUCUUUUUCAUAUUUAUAUUCUUUUUUCCUCCUUUGCUUAUAAUAAUUUCUUAUUUUCUUUCUGUAGAAUUUCACAUUUUUCUUCUCUUUCUAUUUCUUAUCUAUUUUACUUAUCUUACCUUUUUCUUUCAUUUCUUUUUCAUCUUCAUAUUCUUUCUUUCUUCAUUUUCUACUCCCUCUUUUCUACCAUUGUUUUCUACCCUUACACUUUCUUCUUCUUUAUCCCUUUAUCUACACUCUCGUUUCCUUUCGCCUUCUACUUUCUUCUUUAUUUUGUUUCAUCCUUCACCCUUUCACAUCCCCCAACACCUCUCCCCUCUCCAUGUCAUUUCAUCUCUGUUAAGAUACGACUCAAUAAAUCUUUAUAA